UAUCAGGUGCUAGUGUUUCUGGGUCUGGUCGCCCUGGUUGCUGCACGACCAGACAAGGACCUUGAUGACGACUUCCACCAAGAACAGAACAUCGAUGAUGAUAACACCAUCACUGGAUCAUACAGCUGGACUUCACCCGAAGGGGUUGAGUACUUCGUGAAGUACAUCGCUGACGGUGAUGGCUACCGUGUCUUGGAGUCCAACGCUGUGCCUGUCACCGCUGACGGCGUCAGAGCUGACGGCACCCAGGGAUCCUUCACUUCCUCCGAGGAAGAUAGGAAGUAGUGGGACUCACCCCUAAGAUAACCUGCGAUAUCCUAUGAUGUCCUACGAUGUCCUACGAUAGUCUAUGAUGUCUCUGAUAGACUUGUGAUGUCCUACGAUAGCCCUGCGAUGCUCUACGAUAUUCUACGAUAACCUGCUAUGCCCAUCGAUAUCCUACGACAUUCUACGAUAUCCUUCAACAUCCCAUGACAUCCUACGAUAUCCUUAAACAUCCUAUGACAUCCUACGAUAUCCUUCAACAUCCUAAGACAUCCUACGAUAUCCUAAGGGCCUCAAACAGUGC